UGCAUAUACGUGAGAAGCUCAUAGCUGAUGCUUGAGGCCAUUUUAUUUCAAAUAUAUACCAGCUGGUGCACUUUUCCAUUCGCUAAUUUUAAUCUUCUAAACUACGAGCAGUGGUGAAAUGUUUUGAUGCCUCCGAUAUCAUCGCAAGCUCCCUUGCCGUGACCUGUUGCAGAAUCCAGCUUUCAUGAACAGGUACUACUUACACAAAAAAUGUAAGCUUUCCUGAAAGGCCUAAAUCUGUUUACUUUUUCGACAUAUUGCGAGAGGUGACUGACUGGCCGGGUUCCAGCACUGGUUCAGUUAAAUGGUUUUCGACAUAUUGCGAGAUUCCGAAGGGUGAUUGACUGGCGGGGUUCCGGCACUGGGCCAGCUGAACGGUUUCGACAUGUUGGGAGGGGUGGCUGACAGACCGGGCUCCGGCACUGGGCCGGCUGAACGAUUUGAGAUUCAAGUUUACAUUUUGAAAGACGGACUAGUAAACUGUAUCGGACCGACUGGAGUUUCAUGGUCUUUUUGUAACAAUUAACCAAAGUUUAUCCGAAGGUCUGCUCAUAGAAGAAAUGCUGCGGCCCCCCCACCUCUCCGGGACCACUUGAUUUUCAAGCUUUACUUCGUGCUGAGUUCGCUAUCAUGAAAGAGUCCUUGUCAGCUGACUUAGGAAAGGAAAACAACUCAGUGUCAGAUUUAUCACGUGAUUUCAAAGCUUUUAAUACUAGACUGUCAAAUUGUGAGACUGUCAUUGAUUCUCACACGAAAAGGAUUGAUGCUCUUGAAGUUAAAGUUGUGGAGCUCCAGGAUCAAGAUCUUUCCAAACAUGCCCUAGGACACUUCUCGGAUAUACUCGACUCUUCAAAAGCCCAGACCCGUCAAAGUGAACUUCAUAACACCACUUCCUGCUAUGCUAGUCCGGAAGGCUUUUGUGGAUGCCAAACUGUCACAACAGUUACCAGUUCAUUUAAGGGACUUGAGUAUCUCAAUCGACAGGACCCAAUUACAGCAAGACGAAUACCGAAGAGCCAGGAAAGAACUCAAUGUCAGAACCAGCACCGGAGAAACGAACCUGCGCAUUCAAAAUCGUCACGGCAUUCCAACAGUUGUCAAAAUCACACCAUCUACCGCUCACUCAAACCCACGUUAACGCAACAGUUAAAUAAGACAUACAUGUCAUUAUUUUAUCAGAACACUCGCGGCCUUAAUACCAAACUUAACUUAGUUCACAAUUUCCCUGAUAAUGAACUUUAUGAUUUCAUAAUUGUCACCGAAUCUUGGUUGAAGCCCACCCUUCCGAACAAUUAUAUUUUUUAUGCGAAUCAAUUAGACGUUUUCAGAGAUGAUCGUAUUGGCCAAAGAGGGGGUGGAGUGCUUAUAGGAGUGAAGCCAUAUCUACAUGCUUCUAUUAUUAAUUUAGCACACAUUUUGGAUCUUGACUUUAAUAUUAAUAUCGUCGGCAUCAAAGUAAUUAUAAAAUCUAUACCACUAAUUUUACUCGCAAUUUAUUGUCCGCCAGAUAUCACUAUUUUACAACUUUCUACUUUUAUUGACAACCUACAAGACCUCCACGACCUCCAAUGCCCUAAUAUUGUUAUUAUUGGAGAUUUCAACGCACCUAAAUUUAUAGAUUUCACACUUGGCACCUAUUAUGACACAAAAUCAGCCCUAUUCCUCAAUAUUAUAAAAUCUUUUGAUCUUGUACAAAGAAACUCUAUCUUGAAUAAGAAUAACCUAUGCCUUGACCUUGCUUUCACGAAUUUUCAAUGUCACAUUAAUAAAGCUGUUACUACUUUGGUCUUUGAAGACGCUUAUCAUCCUGCUCUAUGGCUUGAAUGUACCCGUAACUCCACCUCCUACUCAGUGAAGACUAGUGCUGUGAUAGAACAAUCCGUUCCCAGGCUUAAAUUUAAGAAAACUGACUUCUCUGCAUUGUAUAUAAGCCUUGCUAAAAUUAACUGGUAUUAAUCAUUUUUCUAGCGUUAUACAAGUCUCUGACACACCUAGGGUUAUCUCAACUCCACCCUUCCCUCUUAAUCUUUUCGCUGGAAACUCUUUUUUUCUUAUCAAUUAAUGAUGUAACAGCUGCAGCUAAGACUCUCAAACCUACACACACAGCAAGCAUUGACCAAAUCCCUAGUUUUUUCGUUAAAGAUUGCGCUACUUUGUUAUCCGAACCGCUAACAACGAUUUUUAACAUCUCACUCAAAACAGGGUUGUUUCCAGUGACUUGGAAGUGUACUAAGAUCGUUCCUGUUUUUAAAGCUGGUGAGAAAUCGGAUAUAGCCAACUAUCGUCCUGUAGCCAUAAUUCCCAACGUUGCAAAAGUUUUUGAGUUCUCUAUAGCCCCCUUGAUCCGUUCAGCUUUCAAACCUAUACUAGAAGAUCAAAAGCACGGUUUUGUUCAAAGGCGGUCCACGGUUACUAACCUUAUGUGUUUUACGCAAUAUGUAAAUGAUGCAUUACGAAAAGGUUACCAGAUGGACGUUGUCUAUACUGAUUUCUCUAAAGCCUUUGACAGGAUCGACCAUAGAAUUCUUCAAUCCAAACUGAAGAACUUAGAUAUCCCAAGUAAUGUCGUACAAUUGCUACUCAAUUAUCUGUCAUAUAGGCCUAAUCAACUAAUGUACAGAGGAUGUUUGUCAAAAACUUCCCAUUCCACGUCAGGGGUUCCUCAAGGCUCUGCCCUUGGCUCACCGCUUUUUAACAUUUAUGUAAAUGACGUUAACCAAUUUAUAAAUUCCAAUAUCCUAAAAUACGCAGAUGAUAUGAAGGUUUUUAGAACCAUUAUGAGCCUAUUAGACCAUGAGGCUCUCCAAGCUGAUCUAGAUAACGUACUCCAAUGGUGUAAUAAAAAUAAAUUGCACUUAAAUACUAAAAAGUGUCGUAUCAUGACCUUUUCAAGAUCAGCCAGCCCAAAUUUUUAUAAAUCCAAUAUUGAUACUACCGCACUGGAAAGAGUGUUUUCGAUCAGCGACCUAGGUCUAUUAUACGACCAUAAGCUUCUAUUCACAGAUCAGAUUCAAGAUAUGGUAUCCUCAGCCUCGAGGGCACUGGGCUUUAUAAUUCGAACUAUUAAACUUUUCAAUGACAUUUUUGCUUUAAAUAUGCUCUAUAAUGCCUUGGUAAGGUCAAGAUUAGAAUAUUGUUCCAUAAUUUGGAAUCCAAUCCAUGUAAAGUAUUUAACUCAAAUUCAGAACAUCCAAAAAAGGUACCUUAAGGAUAUCACCUUUAAACGAGAUAAAUCCUACCCCCCUCGAGGCUCGGACUACCUUGCUAUGUGUGCAAGCUUUGAUUUCCUAACGCUAGCCGAGCGUCGUAUUUUAGCUGCUUGCCUCUUUAUGUUUAAAAUUCUCCGAUCUGAAGUUGACGUACCAGGUAUUUUACAACAAAUAAUGUUUAAAAUUCCUAGAUCCGCUAAACGAUGUUACGAGCCUUUCUAUGUACCCGCAAUUAAAAAUGUCAUUUCUCAGAGGGCACCAAUUUAUUAUAAAAUUAAUUAUAUAAAUAGCAUUGUUUUCGACUCUACGAAUGAUUUGGACAUUUUUUUUGCUGAAAAAUAAAAAUUUGUAAGAUGCGUUAACUCAUAUGUAAUUCAGGCAAGAAACCCGACAUAAAGUUCCUUUACUUUCUCUUUUCAAGUAUUAUGGUUUAAUUAUUUUUUUAAGCAAUGAUAUUAUACUACAAUGUAUUUUACAAGAUGUGUUAUCUCCCUUUGAGCUAUUUUUUUCAAGUUAGAUUUUGAGUUAUACUUUUUUCUUUUUACACUAUACGAAUUUUCAGUCUUUUUCCAAUCCUAAAGACUUUUUGUUUUAUAUGCUUUGUCUUAAUACCUAUGUUUUUCACAUGUACUCGCCGCUACUAGUGCUACGUCUAUCCAUUAGUAUUCUAAUAUACUUUUAGUCUUCCUUAUUAGGCCUGUUCCUGUGUGCAUAUCAUGUAACCCACUGAAUGACCUUUU